UUCAAAUUAAACUUGCAGAGUGAAAGUGACCACAUACAUGCAUGUACAUGUCAGUUUCGAUGCAGUGCACCCUGUAAAAGUAUUUAAAUCGAACACUUGCUCUUCGAGAUCAUUGUGCAUUUUCUGAGCAGCCACAUCACAGUGCGUGGUUGGUCCAACUUGCUAUAAGUACACAGCGCAUGGUGCCUUGAUCCUGGAACACUUGUCCAUACAUGUAUGUACUCUCUCAACGACAACUAAACCAGCAAUCAAACUUGAAGUCAGUUCUCAUCCCAAGCCAGCCAGUUAACGGGGCCAUCACUUCUCUCUGGAAAUUGACGUCCCAUACUAUGGACAGGUCUUGCUUCCUCUGUUGCUUCCUCCAAGAAAACACAAAGCAGUGACAACUUGGUGUCACAUUUGCCGUUCGUUGAUUUGAGAGGGCCACUAGAUCUGACAACUCAGUCUUCGAACACAGACUUCGAACGCAGAUUCCAAUUUGUUUCCUACCAAAUAGGAAGUCGAAACUAAUUAGAAGGACCUGGCUACAUUAACAUCUUUGGUCAUAACCUAUGGUGCUGUAAACUUUGCCAAAGUAAAUGGCCCCGUGAGCAGUUGUUAGUUACAAUUGUACUUCUGGUGCGUGUACUUCUGGAAAAAAACUUUGUUCCCUGUAUCAUAUUUGAGAGGCAAGCUUUGAACUUGUAAUUCCCAACUGUACUGCUGCUGAAUAAACCUCCAGUCAUCCUCACCAUUCAUACUUGUCUCGCUAGAUUUCGUUGUCAUCUGCGAACCACUUUCUUCAGCUCUGCAUUCAGGGAGCAAACUUCUGCUGUGUUUCUCUGCCCCACGUUAUCUGUACAAGACACUGAACAGUUGGAUUUACUAGUAUUUGACACGUCUGUACAGACACAGGUAGCAGCAAGACUCUGUGUCAAUCAUGUGGUCGUACGAUGCAAAUGUCUCCAUCUAUGCCCAAGCUACAACAUCCCUUGCUCAGCUGGACAUUCUGGUCUGUACCUUCUUCACCUGUGUCUUCCAGAACAACAGCGACAACUGCUCCGUGGCCUAUUCCUUUCCCCAGAUGGAUCAUCCACUGAUCUGGGAUGAAACGGGACCAUCUCCCUGGGCACCGAUGAACGAAUCCUUUGAUGUACCAAGCAAUGAAAGAUACGAACUGUUGAACCACUCGUUGCGAAUCGUUGCUUUUCAGAAUCCGGCAGAGGCUGACAAGUUUGUGUAUUCCAGUACUCAGACUGUGUUGUUUGGUUUUGUCCUGCCUGUCCUUAAACUACUAGGGAUCCUAUCCAUUCUGUCUUUUUUCUUUACCCUUUGCAGAGUUCCCUCCAUGCGGAAUAUCACUAAUUUCUAUCUGACUAAUUUGGCUGUUGCAGAUUUGAUGGUCUUGAUUUCAGAGGCCACCCAUGAGCAAUGUGUGGCUUUGACAACACAAACUGAAUUGGAUGUAUCAUAUUUGGGGAACUCAGCCCAAGCAGUUCUUACUCUCUUAUCGUUCACAUGCAAUAUGGGUGUUAUUUCAUCUAUAGCCUUUGUAACACUGCUGUCUUAUGAUAGAUAUUUUGCCAUCUGUUACCCUUUCCAACACCGUAAUCUCAAUCUGAAGCGACGGGCAAUACGAGCAGCAGUUUGCAUAUGGGUACUGUCUUUUUCCAUUAAUUUGAUUGUUUUCUUUGAUCGGUUUCUGGCCUUAAAUGUACCACCAAUCAAAUGUCUUGUUUGGCCAACUGAAGAAAAGUAUAAACAUCUAUCAGGUAAUGUGCAGUUGUUUUUGAAUAAUGAUGCAACUUUGGGCACUUUGAAUCUGGUUGUACAUUAUGUGUUUUUCUGUGUACUCAUGUUGAGUUUGAUCCUCACAGUCACUUUCAAUAUGCUCCUUAUUAAGGGACUGCAUGCACCAAAUCCAACCGGUGAUCAGAUCCGAGGUCCGUCAAAACAUCUACAAAGAGUGACUCUGAUACUUGGCAUCAACACAGCAGUGGUGUUUGUCUGUUUUCUGCCCCAAGCUAUAACUGGCUUAGUUGGAAUUUUAGUGCAAAGCAGCGAAGAAGUGAAUGUAAAUGAAGAUGUGAAAUGGAAAUUGGAUCUGAUGACUGCUUGCCUCUUAAUCAUGAACUCGUCCAUUAAUUCAGUCAUAUUCAAUGCUGGUAGUGGAAGGUACAGGAAGGCCUUCAAGCAAGCCUUCUGCUGCAGAAAGAGGCAGCAAGUACCAACGAACAAUAUCCCUCUGCAGACAUUACCAAGAGCAGAUCCUGCAGAUAGAAUAAGAUCAUAGGAUCCAAAAGCAAAACUCCCCUUUCAGAGAGAAAAGAAAAGAAAAGAAAUACAUGUAAUGUUAUCCUCAUAGUGCUGUAGCUGAACCCCAAACCGAACUGAAUAUAGCCAAACAUGGCAUUCUGAACCGAACUGAACUGAACCGAAAUUGUUGGUUCAGAAGUUUGGAAAAAUUCUAUUUUUUUGAAAGUGCUAGAAAUGCUAAAAUUGAAAUGCAUGGAUGAUUGAAUUCACAGUGUUAACAAGUCACUAUAUUCAUCUUCAUUGUUUGGUGGGCUAAACUCUGCGAUUUUUCGUCUUCGGUGUGCAUAAUCGGUACAACGUAGCAUUGCUAUAGUGUAGACCAUGUGUAUAAUGCAUGCGUGUUGCGUGUGGUAAAGUAACAUCACUGCGUCCUUUGAUAAGCGACCCCCAAAAUAGACAGAGCACAUUCGUGCAGGCAAGAGGGGUUACUGGUGUUGCUCACAAUGCAGUAUUAUUGCUAGUAUUUGGGAAACCCCUUUUUGAUAAUACGCGCUGUGGUGGCACAUGUUCAUGUAUUUUGUUACCGCAACCGUAGUGCAAGAAGUCGAUGCCAGUGCGUGAUUUUCUAAAUGCCGAUUUACACAAAGAUUUCGUUGCGCUUUUUGUAGGGGACCGAGAGUAACACACCGACUUGAGCGAAAUGGUGACUUUUUAAAAGCCGACUAAAAGCGUGAUCCGGCAUACGUAUGUAUGUACAUAUGUAUGUAUAUAUGAUUUUCAUUGUACAUGUACUUCCGAUCCGAACUGAUAUUCGAGGAAAAAAUCCGAUAUGAACCGAACCAAACCGAACCUGGAGGAUUAGUUUCAGCACUUAAUCCUCCUUCCAAAAGUUUCUUUAAAUUCCAAAAGCUGAAUAGUAAUUUAUUUAUCAUUGAGAAACACAAAUGAGAAACACUGGUAUUUGCUGAUGUCAGUUUUGUAUUGGGGGAGGCAUGGCUUACUUUGUUUUAAAGAAAUAACUCAACUCCUUCUACCACUGCAUUUUCGAUUUCCACAAAUCAACAGAUUUCCAAUGUAAAAUAAAUUAAGUCUAAACACUCUUUUGAUUGUCACAUGUCUGUAAAUGACACUGUACAUAGAACUACCCGCAUAGACAGAUAUUACUGCCUGUUGUUUCCAUGUAAAAUUGAAAA